CAAGGUCACUCGGGUCCAGAAAUCUCUUCCCGGAACCGGGCAGGACUCGAGCGCUGCGGCUCCUGGGAGGGCGAAGCCCGGGACAGCGACGCGCCCAGGAGAACGCGCGGGCGGGGCCGCAGAGUGCGCGCCGCCCGCUCUGGGAGGGACUCCAGCCGAGGCCGCGGACCCGCGUUCCGGGGCGCGGCGCGGCCGAGGUCGGCCGUUGUCGCCUCGGGAUGGGCUGGGACGGGCUGGGCGCGCCUGCUGGGCGGGCUGCCGAAGGAAGCGCCCGGCCCGCAGGGCCAUGAGCGAGCCUCGCGGCGCGCCCAGCGCUACGGCGGCGCACAUUCCCCGCGCGGGAUUGGGCAGCCCCUGGAACCGCAGCGAAGGCGCGGACGGCGCGCUGCUGCCGUGUGACGAGCGCCGCUGCUCGCCCUUCCCCCUGGGGGCUCUGGUGCCCGUGGCCGCCGUUUGCCUGGGCCUGUUCGCUGUCGGGGUGAGCGGCAACGUGGUGACGGUGCUGCUGAUCGGGCGCUACCGGGACAUGCGGACCACCACCAACUUGUACCUGGGCAGCACGGCCGUGUCCGACCUGCUCAUCCUGCUCGGGCUCCCCCUCGACCUGUACCGCCUCUGGCGCUCGCAGCCCUGGGUGCUCGGGCAGCUGCUCUGCCGCCUGUCGCUAUACGCGGGAGAGGGCUGCACGUACGCCACGCUGCUGCACGUGCCGGCUCUCGGCGUCAAGCGCUACCUCGCCGUCUGCCAUCCGCUGCGUGCCCGCGUGCUCGUCACCCGACGCCGCGUCCGCGCGCGCAUCACCGGGCUCUGGGCUGUGGCGUUGCUCUCCGCCAGGCCCAUCUUCUUUCUGGUGGGCGUCGAGCAGGACCCCGACGUCGGUGCGGUCCUGGACCCUAACGGCACCGCGCAGCUCGCCCUCCCCCACCCCUCGCCUCCGGCACCACUGCUGUCCCCGCAGUUGGGACCCGAGGCGGUGCUGUUCAGCCGCGAGUGUCGGCCAAGCCCGGCACAGCUGGGCGCGCUGCGCAUCAUGCCGUGGGUCACCACCGCCUACUUCUUCCUGCCCCUCCUGUGCCUCAGCGUCCUCUACGGGCUCAUCCGGCGGGAGCUGUGGAGUAGCCGGGGGCCGCUGCGAGGCCCGGCCGCCUCGGGGCGGGAGAAGGGCCACCGGCCGACUGUCCCGUUGGUGGUCGUUCUGGUGUUGAUAGUUUGCUGGUUGCCUUUCCACGUUGGCAGGAUCAUUUACAUAAAUACCGAAGAUUCCCGGAUGAUGCACUUCUCUCAGUACUUUAACAUUGUUGCUUUACAACUUUUCUAUCUGAGUGCGUCCAUCAACCCAAUCCUCUACAACCUCAUUUCAAAGAAGUACAGAGCAGCUGCCUGGAAACUGCUGCUGGGCCAACGGCCCAGACAGAGAGACUUCUACAGAAGUGGGGGCAUUGAGGGGGACCCAGGAGGAGGCACAGCCAGCUACACCGGGAACAGCAAUAACAGACAAACAGCAGGGAAGCAGGUCUCCUGCUCCCACACUUCUGGGACUUCAGGGAAAACAGUCCCUGUGCAGUCCCUGCCAUCUGUAGGGAAAUAAAGCCUGAAGGUGGGGAAGACUGCUACUGUGAGAAAGGGCUGGAGGAGUGGCCCACAUUUUGUGAGUUGGUGGGCACUUUGGCAGCUAGAUGUCUUUUUCUUAAACCAGGUAUGAAAUAUAACUGUGCCCAUGCUUCUAGUUUUCCUUUCCUGUUCGGCCUCAGGAAUGUUCAUUUUAGUCUCAUGAACGCAGAAUGUGCUCUGGGGAGAUUUUGUCAGCCUUCAUUCUCCUAGCCUUUGGAAAUAUGAUUGCUCUUUUUUCAAGUGAAUAAGAGAUACAGAGAGAUACUGCCAUAAAAUUUGUCACCUCAGAAAGCAGGCAUGUACUUUGUUUUUACGUUUUGGAUGUAAAUGUAAUAGUGCAUAUACAAGGAACCCCAGAUAAUGAGAGUUUUGAUUAGGAAUUAUUUAAUACCUAUAUAAGGCAGCAAAAUUUUCUGGAAAUGGAAGGAAUUCUGGACAGAGCCCCAAUGUUCAGGGUCCCACCUCUCUUCUGGGCCAGAGUGAAUCAUAAAGUUUAGGCACAAAACUACUGUGCAUAAAUAAGGGUGUUGCAACCCACUUGUCCCAGAGACCAUCCAGGGGGCUUAACCAGUGCCAUUGGUCAUGAGAGCACACCUGGACCCCAAAGGCAGGGAGCUGCAGGAGGACCUGGCUUCCAGACAAAGUGGCUGCUAAUGAUGUUUAUGAUUUCAGUGUAGAGACUUAAUAUGCCUCAUUCACCUCAGUUUGGUGUGAUGUGUUGUCAUCAUGUGUUGGGAGCCGGUCCGAACCGCCAGCCUGAUGACACAGGCCAGGCAGUCAGAUGGCAGGGACUGCACAGCGGCCUUCCCAGAGGACCAACCCCAAUGUCCCUCCUGCUCAAAAUGUCUCUCCUUGUUGGCAGCCGCGCUCAGAAAAUAGCGCCCAAUGCAGGGCAGCCGGAAGGCCCCGAACUUCCUAAUGACAA